AUGGAGCCACCAGCAACAAAAGGAUCUCACGUGAUCUCUUCCUUCUUCAGCAUCGUGGCUGCAUUGGUCGCGUGGGACAUCAACAUGCAAGCCGAAGACGCGCUUUGCGAGGCAGAAUACGAAUUGUUGGCCAUGUUGAUCCUCCCACACAAGGCCGCCAUCGUUCGACGCGUGCGGAAGACACACGACACGCUGCGCCUCCCCGACUUUAUGCGGAUUACUAGCAACGUCCAAGACGGCAUGUACGACGAGGUCUGCGUCUUGGGCACCACGAUGUGCCUCGCUUUCGCCAUCCUACUGGUCUUGUCCCUGAUCGGCGACGUCGCUCUUCACGCCGUCCUCGCCUUUCUUUUCUUCGGCCUUGUUUCAUUUUGGUUACUGGGUCGUACCUUCCGCUACUUCCAUGAAAAGAGGUUCGGGCUUGGAAGAGGAGCCGGAGAGGGAGUUCCGGAGGCUGUGGAAAGGCUUCAUGUCGACUAG